GUUGGUAUUAUUUGGGAUGAGGGUGGAGAAGGGUCACAGUCCUCACUGAGUGAGACCUGCCUGCUCCCUGCCCCUGUCCUCUCUGAGCUCCAGCAUGGUGUGUCUGCGGUUCCCCAAAGGCUCCUGGAUGGCCGCUCUGACGGUGAUGCUGAUGGCACUGAGCCCUCCCCUGGCUCAGGCCAGGGACACACCACCGCAUUUCCUGGAGCAGGCCAAGUCUGAGUGUUAUUUCUCCAACGGGACGGAGCGGGUGCGGUUCCUGGAGAGACACAUCCACAACGGGCAGGAGGACGUGCGCUUCGACAGCGACGUGGGGGAGUUCCGCGCGGUGACCGAGCUGGGGCGGCCGGACGCCGAGUACUGGAACAGCCAGAAGGACAUCCUGGAACAGAGGCGGGCCCAGGUGGACGCAUACUGCAGACACAACUACGGGGUGUUGGAUGGAUUCCUGGUGCAGCGGAAAACUGAGCCCACAGUGACCGUGUAUCCUGCAAAGACCCAGCGCCUGCAGCACCACAACCUCCUGGUCUGCUCCGUGAACGGCUUCUAUCCGGGCAGCAUUGAGGUCCGCUGGCUGCGCAACGGCCAGGAAGAGGAGGCCGGGGUGGUGUCCACGGGCCUGAUCCGGAACGGGGACUGGACCUUCCAGAUCCUGGUGAUGCUGGAGACAGUUCCCCGGAGCGGGGAGGUCUACACCUGCCAAGUGCGGCACCCCAGCAGCACCAGCCCUGUCACCGUGGAAUGGAGGGCCCAGUCUGGAUCCUCACAGAGCAAGCUGCUGAGUGGAGCCGGGGGCUUCGUGCUGGGGCUGCUCUUCCUCGGGGCGGGGCUGCUCAUCUACUUCAGGGCUCAGAAAGGACACUCUGGACUUCAGCCCACAGGACUCCUGAGCUGAGGUGGCCAUGGCGACAGGGGCAGGAGAGAACCUUCUGUCCAGCCUCUUCGCAGCCUGAAGAGGUUUCCUGCUGGGCUCUCACUCCACAAGGAGAGCCGCCUCGGGCUCUGGCUGGGUCCUGGCUCCUGACCCGCAGCAGCUCCUCCCUGCUGGUUCCUCCCGCCCUGGACCUGGAAGACCCAGUGCUGACUGCAGAACCUGAGCUCCAUCCCUCCCUGUCCCUGUGUGUUCAACCCUCGCUGUCUGCUGUGCACCUCAGCUCACCUCUACCCACAUUUCUUCAUAAAAUGUUCCUCAAUUAAAUAUGGAGUGAAAUCAUCGGCCUCACAUGGAUUCAAAGGCAGGAAGUAGGAAGAAAAGAGAGAAAAUCUCAACACAACACAACAAUAAUUUUCACUUAUUUUCCUGAAUCUGGUCACGUGGGCAUCUGGAAGGUUUCCUUGUUCCCGUCCUGCUUUUCAUGAGUUUUCCCUCCUGUAAUCGGCCUGGUUCCUGAGCCAGGAGAGAGCCUGCAAUAGACCCAUUCACAGUGGCCUCCUACAUCUGUGUUUCUCAAAAACAAUCACACAAGUUUCUUUCCCCGGGGAUACAGAGAGGGGACAGCAAGUAUAAGAAAUGCAGGAUACUUGUAAGGAUGCCAUGCCUUUACAGUUUCUUAAAGAAAAUAAAAACCUUUUAUUGAUUUCAGAGAGGAAGGGAGAGGGAGAGAGAGACAGGAGAGAGAAUCAUUGAUUGUCUGCCUCCUGCAUGACCCCUACGGGGGAUCGAGCUCACAACCCUGAGCAUGCGCCCUGACAGGGAAUCGAUCCCUGAUCUGGUCCACAGGUCAAUGCCAACCAUUGACCCACAGCCAGCUGACCCACAGUUUCUAUAAUCCUGUCCUUUUCUCUGAUUUUUUAAAAGAAGGUACCUAAACCCGGUGCCUCUCGAAGUCCCCUUUAUGAGACUAAUGGUGGCUUCCACACUUCAGUCUUUUUGUGUCUCAGAUAAAUGCCUGCUGUGCUGACUCUGCCUUGAGAUGCACCUUCCCCAUGAGCAGGUCCCGGAGGCCAUCAGGACCGAGCUGCCACUCCAGUGGGAAAGGUGUGCUUCUGAGGCCUCCAGCUUGUGUGGCAAACUCACUGUCUGUCACAGGAAACCCUGUGUGGACCUGAUCUGAGCACCAACCAGGGCCCCUGCUGGGCACCAGGGGAGCAUGUGGCUCCCUGAUGUGCCUCCAGCGUGCGAUCCUCUGCCCUGGAGGGAACGUGAGAGACUCCUGUGGGGUGGCCUCCCAAAGCCUGUGAGCACGGAGCAGCAGAGUUUGCACAGUACACACGUAUGUCUUAAAUAAAAUAGGGAGAAUAGGAGUAUAGACAUAUACCUAUCCUCUAUCUUUAUAUUUAUAAACAGAAACAAUAGAGAAUUUUAAAAAGUGAUUGCCUAUGGGACUAAAUGAAGGCUGGAUGGGGACAAGGAUAAAAGACAGACUUUUUUAAAACAUAUUUAAUUUUAUCUUGAAAAUCAUUAAAAUAUCUAUAACUAGAGGCUUGAUGCACAAACUUUGUGCAAGAGUAGGCCUUUCUUCCCCUGGCUACUGGCACUGGCUUCCCUCUGGCACUGGGGACCCAGGCCUCCCUCCCAGCCCCAGCUUUGUCUGGAAGGUCAUCCAGAAGGACAUCCAGUCUAAUUAGCAUAUUACACUUUUAUUAUUAUUCAUAGAAAGUUUAAAUCAAAAGUUUUCAAAGAUUACAUAAAAAUGUAAGCAAACUAACAAUUGAAAUAAACUUUGACAAAAAUAUACAAUUAAAAAUCAAAACUUUUUGAUCCUCACAUAAAACAUUAUGAAACUACUAAUAUAACUGUAAAUCAGUAGAUAGUUCUACAUUCCAUCAACUUAAAUAAUAUAAAGGAGUUGGACAGGUUUCAGGGAAAGGCACCUGUUGUGGCUAGUAGAUGAUGAUGGGUUCUGCUUGUGUGUUUCACCUGAAUAGUUUCAAUGUGAAUCUAAAAUCUAAAGAGUAAUAACUGACUGAGAUGUAUAUUUCAAUUUCUCUACUGUCAGAGAUAGUUAUUUCAUUUUCAAGCAAAUUUAAAGAUUAUGCAUAUUUUAGUUACAUUGUGGAUUAGUUGUGUGAAACAGGUUAUCAUUGUGCUGGAGUUCGAUAAGCUGAUAGUAACAUCUGCAAUACAUGCAGUUGAGAUAAAUUCUAUUUAAACCCAGAGUUCAACUUUACUCUUGCUUUGCUUUCAGAUGAAGUGAGUUGUCUCAUUUUAUUUUAGAGCUGGGGUGUGAAAUUAUAAGGUAGAAAUGGGAGUAUGUUUUGAGAAGAUGCUUUCUGCUCUAGUAGAAAAUCCACUCUCACUUGCUUUAUUUUUCUUACACUUAUUGUUGUACGUGGAAGGUAGAGCUUGGGUGGGGCAUCUUCAGAGUUGGUCAGCUCCUGAGGCCAGCGGCAUUGCCAGUGAACCUGGACUUGGCAUCUCACCCCUCUAUUGCCCGUCAGCUCCCCCAAGACGGCAGGGUACCUGAGGCAGCUUUAGGCCUCGCACUCUCUCACAACAACUUCGAAAGGUGGGAAAACAGAGAGGUUUCUCUUAUGAGCUUUUAUAAGGAGCAACUAAACUUUCCCAGAGUGCCCCUCCUCAUGCACCUGCUUCCCACACAUGAGGAGGACACUGGGAUUACAGCCAUAGACUCACCCUUUGUGGGCAUGGGAAGAAAAGGAGCAAAAUCAUAUUUUUUAAAAAGAGAGAAAUGGUAUAUGAAGUAGGGAGAAAUGGUUUUAGGGUACAGAAACUAUAGCUCUGCACUUUCAGAUUGCUUGCAGUUUAAAUUAUUUCCUCAGAAAUGAUGAUAGAUUCUUAAUGGGCAACAUCAAUUCAAGGUUAUGAGUUGUUUUU